UUCAUAAGUGGUGAUUCCUUUUAGGGGUCGGCGAUAUGGCUGAAAAGUAUAUGACUAUAUAGCUGAUUCAUAUUGAUCGAUAACGAUAAUUAUCAAUCAUUUUUUAUAACCUAUUUGAAAUAAGGACCAGGAGAAAAUAAAUACAUUUAUUUUAAACUCAGUAGCUUUCUUCUGAUUUCAAUCACAGUCAUCAGUCAAGGCACACGGAGGAAAAUGUAAUGUCAACACAACUAUUAGAAAACACUCAAAUAAAUGAACUUACACAAGAUGGUAUAAAAACUACUACUCGACUAUUUCCUCGCUAUCUGCACUCAUUCUUGCUACUCACUCACUCACUCACUCACUCACUCCACGCUGUGUUGUCUUCAGUGUUGCCAGAUCUUGGGAGAGAAACAAGCAACCAGGACCAGCAACCAAAAUUACUGUACAAAUAUAUUAUAUUUACUGCCCUUGAGCUCUACCAAACCAACUAGCCGACCAAAAACGUGGAAAGAAUAAAUGAAUGAAUGAAAAUGAAAGUAAGAAGUUGCAUAUAACGAGCCAUUUUACUUUCACCGUAACAGUGCUGGUAUGCUGAACAAGAUCUGAAUGAUGAGUACAUAUUUCACACAGAAUCUGAAUCUGCACACUGCCUUUGAAUCGUCCCCCUCUUGUAGUCGAAUCUUUCAAUCCUCUCUCUUUCUACAAAUCUUAAUUGCAUUCUUUCCAUAUUUCGCCCACUUGUUAGUGAAAUAGUUAAAGAACCUCCAUUAAUCGUGCGAUUUAAAUGUGAAAAGUCUCAUUCACCUAUGCGGAGAAGGAGAGGGGCAGAGGGAGUGGAGCUGUGGAAACAUCCUGUGGUCCAACAUACUAUCAUGCGUUUAAAUAACUUAUUAGAUGGGUAUAUGUAGAGAAAGGCGACGUUUGGAGAGCAAGCCCAAAUAAGCAACUCCACUUUAGAAACAAGCCCAAAAAACCGCAACCUGUGACUACCAAUAUUUGUAAGCGACUUUACAAAAAAGACAAGACCAAAGUCGCGGCUUUUAAGUGGACCUGUCAACCCUGGUUGUGUUCACACACGAGGAUGGUGCAACCAAACCUGAUGUUGUGUGUGUGUUCAUGCAACCAACCUUGCACAGCCCGACUCUGAGGGUAACUUUCCUUGUCUUUUUUCCUGACAGAAUAAGUAACAUUAUCGAACGUUAUAUCGAACGUCUUUUCUAUCGACAGCACGCUAGUCGCUGGCUGUGGAAGAAGCUGAAGCCCAGAGCACCCAGGAAUGGCUUGCCCCCCUGCCCUCGGAUUGGACACAGCCUCACACUUGUGGGUAACAAGUGUUACCUGUUUGGAGGGCUGGCCAAUGAUAGUGAAGACCCCAACGGCAAUGUACCAAGAUACAUGGGUGACCUCUAUGAGUUGGAGCUGCAGUCAUUAUCCGGGGCAAGAGGCUGGAGCAUACCAGAGACGAAGGGUGGUGGUCCCUCAGCACGGGAGUCCCACACCUCGGUUGCAUACACUGGCCUUGGCUCCCCGAAGCUCUACAUCUAUGGAGGGAUGCAAGGAUGCCGGUUAGACGACCUCUGGCAGCUUGAUCUCGACACAAUGGUUUGGUCGAUGCCUGAAACCAGGGGUUCCACGCCACUCCCCAGAAGCCUUCACUCUGCCAAUGUCAUUGGAAACAAGAUGUAUGUUUUCGGUGGCUGGGUUCCUGUGCCAGAAUCGGUCAGACACACUGCUUUAGGAACUGAAUGGAUCUGCAGUGACUCCUUAACUGUACUCAACUUAGACACUAUGAGCUGGCAGGAUUUGGGCCCAGAGCAGCAGGAUGAUAUUGAGUCCCAGCUGCAAAGCCAUGGACCCCAAAGUGAUGAUCCGUAUGCCUGUAGACCCAAAGCCAGGGCCGGCCACUGUGCUGCCACUGUUGGGUCCAGGCUUUACAUUUGGAGUGGUCGUGACGGUUACCGAAAGAGCUGGAACUACCAAGUCUGCUGCAAGGACCUCUGGUACCUGGAGACAGAUCGGCCAGCCACCCCACAGGCAGUGCUACUCAUCAAAUCCACAGUCAGCAUGCUUCACUUGGCAUGGCGCCCUCUGGCGGCAGCAGACUGCUACAUCCUUCAGAUCCAGCCUGCACCUCCACCAGCCAAGCCAGUCGAUCCAACUGGAACAGAUGGACUGGACGCGAAGGGUAAAGACUCUGCAGAUGUCCAGUCCCUUCAAGCUCAAACUGGAGAAACCACUAAUAAAGAAGCGAAAGCAUCAGCUCAGGAUGCCUCAGCACAGCAAGAAGCUGCAGCAAAAUCACCCAACAGCUCAGCAGAGACUAAAGCACAAGGAGGGAGGAAUGCUGAGAGAGAGACAGAGAAGGACUCUGACACAAAACGCUGCGGUUCUGGACAGGAGAUGUCAGAAAUGGAGGUCAGCAGCUCAGAUCAACACCAGCAGGAGAAACAGCCUGUUUCAGCUGACAGCACAACAGAUCUCUACGCCCAGGCACAUCAGAGUUCAGAUGAAUCAGUGUGGUUCGAUGUUGGUGUGUUCAAAUCGCUCUACUCAGAGGUCAGCCACUACUUUCUACCUGCUGACAGUGACCAGGCGACUGCAGCCAUCAGCAGCCGGCAACCAAAUACUAAAGAGCCCUUCCCCCAGAGAAAGCUUCCAGGGCCUCAGGACUACCAGGGCAGAGAGAAGCAGGAGCUGUCUCCAGGUCAGACCUACAGGUUCAGAGUCGCAGGCAUCAACUGCUUUGGCCAGGGAGACUUCAGCCCAGUCAGCGAGUUCAAGACCUGCCAUCCUGGCUUCCCUGGAGCGCCCUCUGCUGUCAAGAUCACUAAGGCCAACGAUUCGGUCCACAUCACGUGGGAGGCUCCCUCCUCUCCAUCGGGCCGGAUCCUCGAGUAUUCGAUGUACAUGGCGGUGAGGAAGAGCCGCUCCACCAGCUCGGAGCGCCCGGGUCAGAUGGCCUUCAUCAGGAUCUACCGUGGCACCAAGAUGUCCUGCUUGGUCAGUUCCACCCACCUGGAUAAUGCUCAGAUUGACUGCUCCGCCUCCAACCGGCCAGCUGUCGUCUUCCGCAUAGCUGCUAAGAAUGAGCAGGGCUACGGCCCAGCGACGCAGAUCCGCUGGAUUCAAGAUCCCAGUAAAUUGCGAGUGUCUGCAUCCAAAGCUGACAGUAUUGCUGAGGCUGACCAGGAUGCUGCUGACAGCUCCAGCUGAAAAUGUUUGGACCAGUGACAACGUUUUGGAAAAGAAAAGAAAGGGUGCACUCAGGAAGAUAGCAAUGUACACCACUCAAAUGUUGUAUAUUUCAUAAAUAGUUUUGUUAAUUUAUUUUUUAUAUAUUUAAUUAUUCCCUUUGUAAAUAGGUUUUCAUAGAAAGCUUGACCUCAUGGCUAUUUUAGUUAAGCAGAUGUUUUCUUAUGUAAUAAUACAAUGUACACCAAACUACAAGUAUGAAUUUAGAUUCAUACCCUCCAGAGGUUGAAGGUGCCUUAGAGCUUACUGAAACAGCCACUGAUGCUGCUUUACACAGUAUGUCAUGGUUUUGAAUGAAACACAGGUGGUAAGAUGUUUUCAGGGCCAAUCAUCAAAUAGAAAAGCCUUUUUGGCGUGGUGGACCACUUUUACAAUCCUACUGACACACUGAGGUUACAUAGUGGAAUGUUAUUUUUGUUUUAUAACUGAAUUGUUUGAUGUGAUUGAUAUAAGAUCUUUGUUAACUUGUUUGUCACUGUAUCCAACCCUAUGUUACCACAAACAGUUUUUAUUAUCCGUUACAUCUCUACAGCACAUGUUGUUUUAUGAUUUUGUUACAUUUGUUUAUUAUAAUUACCACUAGAUUGUUCACAUUGUUUUUAGUUUUAAAAGAUCUGUCCCAACUCAGAAAUUUGGCGCUGACUGCGACCAAAGAUCAGAGCACUACUAAUGUUUCUGAUAUGAAUAAAAGGCAUCAAAAAUGUUAGAUAUUACAGAGAGA